UGAAUCAGUGCGAGCUGCCAAGAAUUAGUAGUGUUUGCAGACAAGUCGACGCUUUGCGUUAUUUUCGUGCGGAAAAUUUCUAUGCCGAUUCUAAUUCGUUUGUUUAACAAUAUCAAAAUAAUUUACUGCCUUUGAUAACGUGGUAGAUAAAGAAUGUGGCACAGAUUAGUGCGAUAACUGCAGUGGCCGGAAAGACGCGUCCACUGCUCGUUUGUAAAGAAACAUUUUAUGGAAGUUCGCUAAAAUGUUGCUAUUGUUGAGUGUUGCUACAUUUGUUUCGUUCGUGUCAUCAGAGAGCUGCUUCUUCCAGCGAUGUCUCGGCUGUCACCCACAGGAGACGGUAUACCCUGGAUCCCCAGUGGACUGUCACCCCAGCAGGUGGGUGAGCGCGGAGUGGAUCCACAAUCUGGGUCAUCCACCACCAGCCACUGACUCCAGGAUCCCAGUCGAGAUGAGGUGCUUGAAGAUGGUGGCCACGCCUGAUGAUAAGUCCUUUGGCAACACCGUCGACACAAUCAAAGGCUGCGUCCCAAGAGUCCAAGUGGAGUCUGUAUGUGUGGGACUGGUGGCAGUGGAGCGUGCGAGAGGACACAGCGACGCGCGUUGCUUCAUCUGUAACGGCGACAACUGUAAUGGGACAGACAGACUGACAGUUUCAUAUGUGUUAUUAGUAGCUGUUUUGUAUUUUGUAUUUAGAUGAUUAGGUUAGGGACUUUGUUAUGUAGUUAAAUAUUUACAUUGUUGUUAAGUACGUCAUAGUUUAUACUUAUGAUAAGUAAAUCUUAGGUUGGGUUUGGAGACGCGGAAUGGCAUAUUUUUUGUGAAACAAGAGUAGCACUAGCUUACCCACUUUGUUGCCGUAUCUGGACGCUGUUAAGCAUUUGUGUAUUAACCCACAAAAAUUACGUACUGAGUUACGAAUGCACUCAAUUCUUUAGAAAAUUUAGAACAAGACUGCAUUCAGAACUCAACAAAAAAAUUGGGUUACAACAGUUCUGACAAUUAUAUAAUUUAGGGUCACUUGAAAGAAGAAGAAACUUUGAAUAAGUCGUAACGACUUAUUCAACGUCUCUUUUACUCCCUAACAAAAAAUAUUGCUGUCUCAGUCGUACGCUGACAUAAUGUGGAAACAUGACAGUUAAUCGUGCGCAAGUAAAAGAGACAAGUAACAUAAGACAUAUUAACUUUAAAAAAUAUCUAUCCAAUGACCAAGUUCAAGCCAGUCAUUAUCUUU